AGUUGAAACUGGUUUCUCAACGCUUUUGCUUGUGUCAUUCGUUUUAAAAAUCGACUCUCGUGAUACUUUUGUUCGAUUUUCAAAUUAGUUUGUAACUUUUUUUUCACACCAACACCAAUAACAAAAUGCGCUGUCUUAUGUUUAUGGUAUUGCUUGUGGUGCUCUGUGGCGCUUACGCAAAGAAAAAACAAGAUGACAAUAAGGUAAAGAUAGCAGUAUAUUACGAGUCUCUGUGCCCGGACAGCAAGCGCUUCAUCACGAGCCAGUUGGCGCCAGUCUGGAGAGACUUCCGGGGCGCUGUCAAAGUGAAAUUAGUCCCGUACGGCAAGAGCACUCAUGACAAAAUCAAUGGUAAAUGGCAAUUCAACUGUCACCACGGCCCUGACGAAUGCUAUGGGAACAAGAUCCAGUCGUGUAUCCUGAAGGACCGCAGCCUGGCUGACACCGACAAGAUGGAGCUGGUCAUCUGUCUCAUGAGCCAGAGCAGCCCUGACAAGUCCCUCGACACUUGCUUGACUCAAAUUAAUAAGCAGUCAGAAGGCGAUAAACUGAAGGGCUGCGCCAACGGUGAUCAGGGCGACGGCCUGCUGGCCACCUACGGGGACAAGACUGAUUCUGUGCAGCGCCCUCUGUCGUUCGUGCCAACAGUAAUUAUUAAUGAGAAAUUCGAUCAGGCCAUCCAGGACGAGGCGUUCAAGGAUCUGAAGGCGGUGGUGUGCCGCGUGGCCACCAACAAACCUUCCGUCUGCUAACAUCAUACACUCUCAUACAUUAAUAUAAGUA